AUGGCGGCUACUUUUCUUGCGAUCGCCACGAGCUACAUUGGUGCCGCCUCCUCCAGCAAUAAUCCUACCUUAAACAAUGAUCGGAUGGACUCUGCCAUCACAUUUCGACGACUCAGAGUCCACAAACCAGAAGAAGAAGAGAGAUGGGUUGCAACUCCGCCCAUUGCCGCUUCUUUCAAGCUAAUGCAGAAGAAAUCAGCUCAGUCGUCACAGUUGUUACAUGCCGCGGAAAAUGACACACCUCUUCCAACGGCAGUAAAAGCUCUCAUCGUACUGAUGGGUCUUGCCAUGACAACUGGCGCUAUCGCUUUUGGUGCCAAGGGAAUACAAACGUUGAAAUACCCGGACGUCAAUGCGGGUUCGGCUGAAGCAUGA